AUGCAGUCAGAAAGGUGGAAUGACGGGUACUUUGUGGGCCACGAGGCUGCUACCCGUCAAAUGGUGAUGGAGCUCCUUGGUCGGCACACGAACUAUGCCAAAAUUCAACUUGAUGGUCAGUGUACUUCACUUGAUUCCGACAUCAUCGACCUUGCUGUCAAGGGAAGCCCGUCUCUUUCACUGAGAAACAUUGGAUGGAGAUCCAUAACGUCAGUACUGUCAAGUGAAAGCCGCGAUAAGAUCCGUAACCUGGAAUUCACGGCGGAUGUGGAGUACAUGGAAGGGGAGGUUACAUCAGAUGACUUCGAACCCUCUUUGAGAACAUUAGCUUACGGAUUGACCAACCUGCCCGCCUUGGAUAGAUUGAGCUAUUACCAAAUACCAAUCAAUCUUCAACUCUUGCAACAAUCAUUUGGCAUUGUGCGCACAAUUAACCAGGACACUGAACUCAAGUGCAAAGCAAGUACCCUGGACCUAACGAUGUGUGACAUAGUUCUGGAUGAGGAUACGAACUACGAAGCAGCCGAGGUAAACAGCAGUGUGACUAGUCUCAUCUGGACUCCAGAUGGGCGUUGGAUUACACAACCCCAGCUAGCUGUGGCCCCCUUGCUUCUUGGGUUCCAGAAUUUGAAAUUUCUUAAACUUGGGCGUUGCAAAAUGACAGAUCUCACAGAUUUGUAUCCACAUCUGACUGGCAAGCAAACCAAACUUGAAAUUCUGGAUGUCCGCGGCAAUAAUAUCGGCUGGGUAGGUACAAGAGAUUUUCUCACCAGAUUACCUGAAAUGGCAAGUCUCAGAAGAAUACUCAUGUACAACAACCCAUUCGAAACAGAACAAGUGGCGGAUUGGCUGGCUUGUGGACCACUGGUCCACGGCUCGACGUGCUCGUGGACCACUGGUCCACGGAUCGAUAUCCUCGUGGACCACUGGUCCACGGCUCGACGUGCUCGUGGACCAGUGGACCAUCCAAUCACAUUGCCCCAUUCCAAUUGCCGCUGCCGGGAUUUGCAGCCAGUUGGCAAGAAGAUUGGCGGGAAUGCUCUGCAGAAACAAUGA